AUCACGAAGCGAGGCAGUCGCUUCAGAGUAGGCGAAAAAUCAGAUCGCCGGCUAAUUGAGGAAAUGGCAAUCUCCGCUUGGACGCUUCUGGUGGCGCUGAUCGCAUGGCGAUCUGGAGAGGAGGUCGAGGCACAGGUGCUGGGCUCACGGACCAGAUACCAACCCGAUUGGAAUAGUCUGGACCAGAGACCCCUGCCCCGGUGGUACGACGAAGCGAAGGUGGGCAUCUUCCUGCACUACGGCGUGUACUCUGUGCCCAGUUUUGGAUCCGAGUGGUUCUGGACUAACUGGAAAAACCUCCGCAAUCCAGGCUACGUCCAAUUUAUGCAACGCAAUUACAAGCCCGACUUCACUUAUCAGGAAUUCGCCAGCCAAUUCACAGCGGAGCUAUUCAAUGCCACCGAGUGGGCGUUACUUUUCCGAGAUAGCGGAGCCAGAUAUGUAGUGCUGACCAGCAAGCAUCACGACGGCUUCACGCUGUGGCCCUCGAAGAACAGUUUCGGAUGGAAUUCCAUGGAUGUGGGACCCAAGCGGGAUAUAGUGAAGGAACUUGCUGCCGCCGUUCGCAAGGAGUCGAAUCUGAAGUUCGGGCUCUACUACUCUCUGUUCGAGUGGUUCAACCCGCUGUGGACGGACGAUAAACUGCAUCUAUUGAUGCAGCAGCACUUCGUGGAGCGUAAGGUUCGGCCGGAGCAAAUGGAGCUGGUGCAGGAGUAUCUGCCGGAGAUAAUCUGGUCCGACGGCGACUGGGAGGCCCCGGCCAAGUACUGGCGCUCCGAGGAGUUCAUCGCCUGGCUGUACAACGACAGUCCUGUGAGGGACACGGUGGUGACGAAUGAUCGCUGGGGCUUUGGCACCGCCUGCAUGCACGGCGACUUUUACAAUUGCGCCGACCGCUUCAAUCCCGGAGUUUUGCAAGGGCACAAGUGGGAAAAUGCCUUCACCCUUGAUCGCAGCAGCUGGGGUCAGAGAUUCGAUGUCUCAUUGGCCGAUUUUAUGACCUCCAAGGAUGUCAUUAAAGAAAUCGUCACCACAGUCAGCUGCAAUGGCAAUGUGCUGAUCAAUGUGGGCCCAACCAAAUACGGCACUAUACUGCCGAUUUUCGAGGAGCGCCUAAGGGACAUGGGUCGCUGGCUGAAGAUCAAUGGCGAGGGCAUUUACGGCAGUCUACCCUGGGUUUACCAGAACGACACCAUCACUGCCAAUGUUUGGUAUACGCGAGGAGAGUAUGCGCCCAAUGGAAUCGUCACUGUAUACGCAUUUGUGCUGGAGUAUCCGUACGACACCAAUGAGCUGGAUAUCUAUCCACUGGGCAAGGAGAUCAAUGUCUUCCGCAAUAUCUAUCUGACCGGAAUUGAUUUCGGCACCGGUGGAGAGAUCCUGAAUGAACGGAACACCCAGGUUGUAAUGUUGGGCAUGGGUGACACCAAAAUUAAGUGGACUGCGGAUCAUAACAGAUUGCACAUCGAGUUCCCGCCGAAAAAUCACAUCGAUAAGCGAGGACUUGACUAUGCCUGGACUUUUAAAAUAACUAUAUCGAAUUCAUAGGGAGCUUAUGAAUUACUUUGCCUUAUUUACUAUUUUAGAUAUUACUAAUUUAAGAUAUGGAUUUUCUCAGCGAGGAAAAAAGUGAUCAUGAUCAUCCAUUAAUAAAAUUACUAUUUUCCACCUUAUGGAAGUCACG